AUGCAGCUCGUCAACAACGGUUGCGCACUCGACACCAUCUCCGACGCGGUCGACGAAGUCAACGUCCUCAAGGGCAAACAGCCCUCGAAGGAGUGGGACAACGCGUCCAAGUUCGAUGCCAACAAAGACAAGGCCACCUUCCGGCGAUACGAAGAGGCCUGCGACCGCGUCAAGAACUUCUACCGCGAGCAGCACGAGAAGCAGACGGUUGACUUCAACAUCCGCGUGCGUGCAGAGUUCAAGAAGACGGUACACGCGCGUAUGGGCAUCUGGGAGGCGAUGGAGAAGCUGAACACGCUCGUGGACGACUCCGACCCCGACACGGAUCUAUCGCAGAUCGAGCACCUUCUCCAGACUGCGGAGGCGAUCCGACGCGACGGGAAGCCGGAGUGGAUGCAGGUCGCGGGACUCGUGCACGACCUUGGCAAGUUGCUCUACUUCUUCGGAUCCGAAGGGCAAUGGGAUGUCGUCGGAGACACGUUCGUCGUUGGGUGCAAGUUCUCUGACAGGAUCAUCUACCCCGAGACGUUCGCCGCGAACCCGGACUCGAAAGACGCGGUAUACUCGACCGAGUACGGCAACGUGAUGCUCUCCUGGGGCCACGACGAGUAUCUCUACCACGUGCUGAAGAAGCAGAGCUCGCUUCCCGCCGACGCCCUGUACAUGAUCCGCUACCACUCGUUCUACCCGUGGCACCGCGAGGCGCGCAGUGCGGGCUUCAACCCGUACGAUCUGUACAGCAAGAGCGACGAACCGGUGAAGGUGGAGGAGGUGCGGCCGUACUACCAGCGGCUGAUCGCGAAGUUCUUCCCCGAGGUGAUUGAGUGGUGA